GCCGAUUCUCUCACCGAGGAGCAAGUCUCCGAGUUUAAGGAAGCAUUCUCUCUGUUUGACAAAGAUGGCGAUGGCCAAAUCACAACUAAGGAGCUAGGAACCGUGAUGCGAUCCUUGGGCCAGAAUCCUAGCGAGUCUGAGCUCCAGGACAUGAUUAACGAAGUGGAUGCUGACAACAACGGCACAAUUGACUUCCCCGAGUUUCUCACCAUGAUGGCGCGCAAGAUGAAAGACACGGACUCCGAGGAAGAGAUCCGUGAGGCCUUCAAGGUCUUUGACCGCGAUAACAAUGGUUUUAUCUCCGCCGCAGAACUGCGCCACGUCAUGACUUCCAUUGGAGAAGCUCUUACCGAUGACGAAGUCAACAGGAUGAUUGCUGAAGCGGACACCGAUGGUGAUGGUAGAAUCGACUACAACGAGUUCGUACAGCUUAUGAUGCAGAAGUGA